GAUCCAUGUGGGGGUUGGGAGUUCUGUGUUCUAUGAUGUAGUGAUGACCUCAAGAAACUGCCACUAAGUUGAAAAAAAUUGAAUGGCUGCUAGAAGACCAGUUUCGGGCUAAGGGAGACAUGGGGCUUCUCCAAGGCCAGCUGACCCAGGCUCUGGCCUGCAGACACUGCCACAGCAGCAUCUGCCUUCAAAGCCCAGGGAGUCUGGUGAUAUUAUUCUUGUUUACGGUUUGGCAGAUCCGAAGAUGGCGGCAGCUCAGGAAAUGGCAACAGCUUCAGCCCUGGUACUCUGGAGACAUAAGGAUGCAAGGCAAGGGACUACAGCUUCUGUACCAUUUAGCCUUCCUUGAUUGCCUGUGGAAGCAAAAGUCAGAGGAGGAGGAAGAAUAUGGGGAAGAGAAGGCAGAAGAAUCAUUACCUCUGGAUCCACUAAAAUCAUAUUCUCCUUCCCAAGACACUCGCACUGGAAAUGAACUCACUGCAGCUCCACCCCAGCCAUCCUGUAGUUCUGAGGGCCUCCCUGAGGCCACAGAGUUAAGAGAACAAGUACUCAUGCAACCUUCAAGCCCUUCCAGAUCCUUCCCUACCUUCCAGAUCCUGACCACCCUACCUGUGAGGAACAAGAUAGCUUCAGGAAAUUCCCUACAGCAGAGAAAAAGCCAGCUCUUCUGGGGUCUUCCCUCGCUACACAGUGAGUCCUUGGAGACUAUUUUCCUGAGCUCAGAUGGCCCUUCUCCUCUAAAGUUGUCUAUUUGUCCUUCUGUCUUCUUCAACAAGGUUGCCUUCCUGUCUGUGUACAACUUGUUGCUUCCCUAUUAUCACUCCCCAACUUACUAUCCUACCCCUGAAGCCCACACUAAGAGAAACCUGGAAGGAACGGCAGCUGGUUCUCAACUAGUUCAAUCUCUACUUUCCCCUCUUACCCCAUCAGUAUCCUCCACUAUUAAGCCCUUGCCUAUAGGUUGCAAGGGAAUCCUUUCUGACACUGAGGUAAACACACAGUGGUUUACACAGCAGAAAGAGGUUCCUUGUGUCUCUGAGAAUCAAGUCCUACACUCACAGCCUGCACAAAAAAUCAGAUCUUCCACAUUCUUAUAUUCAUCUAAGGCCUGGAGGGAAACGCCAGGGGACCCCAGCCUCCUUCAACACAAUCCAGAAUCACCUUCUGCCUCUCUGUUGUAUCCUUCUAAUCCUCAGGGUCCAUGGAUAACCAUGAAACAACAUGAGCACCCAAAAACCUCUGAAUCUGCAAUGCCAACUGCAAGCCCACACCCAACUUCCCUGACAGAAUACCAGAGAACCAACCCUAUAGACCUGUCUGGAUUGAAAGCUCUCUGGGAAACUACAGGGCAAAACAAGAACCCUCAGAUCUGUAAGCUUCCAAUCUCCGACCCCUGCCAAUUCACAGUACCCAUGACAGAACCUCAAGGAACUGGCCCUCCAGGAACUCCCCCUGGACAUGAAGCUCAGUGGGGAAUUAUACAACAUAAAGACAAUCCCCAAACUUCUGAUCCCCUAAUGCCAGUCUCCUGUCAACCACCAGAUUUUCUGUCAGAAGUAGAAAAUGUUAACCCCAAAGGAAGACGUCCUGUACCAAAGGGCUUCUGGGGAAGCACGGGAUAUAGAGAGAGCCCACCUGUUUCCAGGUCUCCAGUGUCAGUCCCCUGCCCUCCUCUAAACACCCUGUCAGAACACCACAGACCCCUAGAGCAUCUGUCCACAUACAAGCCUCAACGGCAACACAGAGACAACUUGGGCAAUCUCUGGGCCUUUGAAACCCCGACUUUGAACUUCAACAUGGGGUUCUAUGAAGCCAGCCCUGCAUGUCUCCCCCUGGGAUCUGAAGCUCCACUGAAGGGUAGACCUGGUACAGAAAAUCUCUGUGUCUAUGCAGACCUAGCUUCAUCUCCUAGCCUUCCUUCUGCCUCUCUGCCAGACUUUGCAAUAAUGGGUCAAAGAGUCUUUUCAGAGUCUAAAGUUUUAUGGGAGACAAAGGGGCAGAGAAAGAAUCUCUGGGUGUCUGACUCCCCAAGUCCUGCCCACAUACCUCUAGCCCCCUUUAUAGAACCACAAAGAAUCAAUACUGUGCAUAGCUUCUCUAGAUCAGAAGCUACAUGGAAAGAUCCUGAGCAUACAAGAAAAUGUUUGUCUUUUGGGCCUUCAUAUCUGAACCUCAACCCAACCCCAGUUCUUGUACAGUCACCCCUCAGAGUUAGCCCCGUAGAGAACCUGUUUAAAUCUAAAGUGUGUUGUGGGGACACUCAAAGAAAAAAUAACUUCUUGGCCUCUGAGCAUCUAGCUCAAAGCUUAUCCCAACACCUGCUUGGAGCCAGCUCCUCAGGAGUCCUAUCUGAGCCUGCUGGAGGGUACAUGAAGCAGAACGAAAACUGUUAUGUUUCUGCAUCCUCGGAUUGGGAAUCCAGUCCACCUCCACAGUCUGUUUUGAAGUCUCACAUAAGUGAGCUUUCUGGAGAUCUGUGCAACUAUAAGCCUAUGGAGUCAGCAGGAGAGCAGAGAAAGGACUCCUGGGCCACUGAGCUACCAGACCCCAGUUUUCUCUCUGUUCACCCCAACACUGAGUUUAUAUGUAGAAAUGUACAAGAAAGACAGGCCUCCAAGGCCCCCAGUCCUCCAGUAGUAAAUCCUCUGCAACCAACAUCUUGGACUCCCAUUCAAGCUAAAGCCCUAAAGUCUGAGUCUAUCCAGCCUGGCCUACAGAAGGAAAAGAUGUCCUCAGAAGCCAAGGCGAAGGCCCCAUCUUCCCAGAGUGGGGCUGUCUCAGAGGUGUGUGACCACCCUGUGAGCCAUGCCUGGCAAUGGAGUAGAGAAUUAAAGCUCAGACUAAAGAAACUACAGCAGAGCCCCACUUUCAAACCCCCAGGCCCACAUCGCCCACUUUGCAGCUCCCCAGCUCUUAACUCAACUCCAGAAUCUUGGGGGCUCUCCUCUUGUCCUCAACAUCAGACUCAUCCUCUCAGUCUGCACACCUGCUCUUCAAGUAGUGGUCCCCCAAAAGUUCAAAGGAAAGAACCUCAGCCUGUCCAGGCCCCUCACUGCCCUCACUCCUCUUCUAGCAGAGCAGAACAAGAGUCUCAAAACAAGAGGAUAAAAUGGAAGGUAAGGGGUCAGACCCCAUCCCCAGGGGAUGUUCACAUGAAGGUUAAUGAAAACUGCUCAGGAAUAGGGGAGCCCUCAAAUAUAGCUGUUCUGGUCUCUAGCAAGAGACAGGACAAGACUUCAGUUCUACUUUCAGCCCAAAAGAAAGGGAGCCCCAGAAAAUUCAAAGCAGAGAAACAUGGAGGGACUGCAAGAUUGAGAUCCUCCCCUGUCCCAAGGAAAAACCCUGCCCGGGCCUGCAAACCAACAGAGGCCCCUAGACACAGAUUUCCUAUAAAGUCUCAGUACAGAGCGUGUUCUCCACACACUGUUCUUGCUCAGCAGCUUCUCCCAAAUGCGGCUGGUCCCCAGGAUCAACAAAGGACAGGCCUGGUAGCUGGUGAUACCCAGAAUCCUUGCCAUCGUAAGCACUGUCCUUGGGCCCCCAAGGGGAAGCAGCUCCCAUCCUCCACACCCCAUAGUCCCCCUACCAGAGAUUUUCAAAGGUUGUUAGCUAAAUUUCUAGGUGUCCGUAGACCCUUGCCAACUAAACCGUCAGUAAAGUAUGAUAUCCUACAGUGUGACCCAAACCAGGUGUGGGUAUGAAAAUAGACACAGAGAAAAUCCUAAUAAAGUAGUUCAACUAGACAAAUCCCAUUUAUGUCU